GAGUCUCCGCUGCCUGGCGGCUUCAUCCGCCCUCAAGGCGGGCUUCCUUCGCCAGCGCCAUCAUCGGCGUCUUCACGGGCCGCAUCUAGUCUGCCGCAUCCGAGGAACAAUGCGCUGCGGCCCGGAUCCAACAAGGAGGACAUGGUCCGGAGAUAUGUAGAGGACAGGCUGCUCUACAUCUCCCGGCGCUAUGUGAAGAAGUUUGGAAAUCCGGAUCCGGGAGAUGCGGUGGUUGGGUUCAAGAGCUUUGGUGAGGUCUGCAAGGAGCUCGACGGGAUUGUGAAUGUCUUGUGGAAAUCAGGCACGCCGGGUUUACAAAUACCGUUUCUGCUCAAGAUGGCCAGCGACUUUACGCAAUAUGUCCGGUCGUUUCCGCCAUCAUCCAAGGCGUCAUUUGAUCUACUGCACAAGCUUGACCAUUGCUUUGCCAGCUUACUCUCCGGCCAGGACAUUGAAACUAACGAUACGCUUCCGGGAUUUGAAAAUGGUCUACGGGCGGGCAUGACAACUACUGACAUGGUGCGAUGCCGGAGUCUUGUCGAGCAGACGAGGGUGUUGAUGGUUGAAGUCAUGAGCAGUGGCGAGCAGGAAGAAGAGGAGGAGGAAGAGGAUGAAGAUGAAGAUGAUGAGACUGAUGGAGAUGGCGGCAAUGAAACGGAAGGGGGAGAAAGUUACGAUGCUGGCGGCAACUCUGCGUGGGACAUUGACGAGGAUGAGCUGCACUUGGACGCUGCGCGGAUCUACGAGAAGACGAUUGUGCAGCUGGGGAGGAGACUUGGGGAC